AUGGCAUCGAAAGCAAACGGCCAUGCCAACGGCGUGGACUUCGCCCUCUGCGUCAAAGGCUGUCCUGUUUCGCAAACCCGCGUCCCCGCAACCGAUUUAUACGAUUACAUCGACCGACCUGGCGUCGCACGUGCGAACCUAGCAGUCACGACGGAAGUCCCUCACGGUUCGAAAGAACAUGCCGCCAAGUACAAAGACUACACUGUCCUCCAGCAGCACGUUCUGUUCUGGGACCGGGACGGAGACGGCUGCAUCUACCCGUGGGACACGUACGUCGGGUUCCGGGAGCUGGGCUUCAACGUCAUCUUCUGUAUCCUGGCGGUUCUCAUCAUCAACCUGAGCUUCUCCUACCCGACGCGGCUUGCUCAUUCGUACCUCCCGGAUCCGUUCUUCAGGGUAUACGUCGACAGUAUACACAAAGCCAAGCAUGGCUCCGACAGCGGCGUCUACGACACCGAAGGACGCUUCAUCCCGCAACUCUUCGAGAACCUGUUCUCGAAAUGGGACAAGGACGGCGACGGCGCCUUGCGAUUGAGCGAACUGGCCAGCAUGAUCAAGGGCCACCGAUGCGCGGCCGAUCCAUACGGGUGGGGCGCGAAUUUCUUCGAAUGGGGCACCACAUGGCUUCUCUUGCAGAAGGACGGGAAGCUCUACAAGGAGGAUCUUCGCCAGUUGUACGACGGGUCGCUAUUCUGGCGCAUCCGGGAUGAGAGGAAGACGGCAAAGGGAUGGGACCGGGGCUUUGGUCUCGGGGGAGACUGGUUCGUUGGCGGCAAGAAGCUCUGA